AAAUCGUGUCUUUAGCUACUCUUCUCUUGUCUCCAACCAAAAUCGUCUCUCUCCACCUUGACUUGCUUCGACUCCACCUCCGUCCGACCAAACCCCCCAAUGCCUCGCCGCGGCCGGCGAUGGCCGACGCCCCGCCGCCCGUGACCGCUCCGCGCCGACGCAGCGAGAGCGACUGGGAGGGAUCCAGCAGCAGGGAGGGCUCCCCGGGCGCCGACAGCGCCGACGGAGACGCCGUGCGCCGCGCCGCGCGCCGCUGGAGCGACGACCGGGCCGCGCGGAUCUCGGGCACGGCCUCCGACGCCGGCUCGUGGCUCGGCGAGAUCGAGCGCGACCGGGUGCGCCUCGUCCGGGACUGGGUCCAGGUCCAGAUGGAGGCCGCGCGCGACCAGGGCGGCGCCGACGGUGGCGACCCGUCGCACCCGCCCCCGUCCCCUGCCGCCGGCGCCGGCCCCCGGAUCCGUGGCCGCCAGGCGAGGCUGGAGCUCGUCAUGCGCCUCGCCGCCGACCGCCACGCCGAGCUCCAGCGCCUCUCCCUCCGCCGGGCCGUCUCCGGCUUCCCCCACCGCAACCGAAUCCACGCGCUGCUCCGGGGAAGGUUUCUGCGGAACGGCGGAUUGCCGGAGGAGGAGAGGAGGCAGCCGUCGGUGGCCGCCAGGGAGCUCGGGCAGCUGCGGCAGCGCCACCCAGUCUCGGGCCUGAGAUUGGAGAAUCUCAUGCGAGGUCAAGCAGCUAGCCGGUCGGAUUCAUCUUCAGCUCAAACUGUUGACCUCUCCACCAAUGACCAUUCUGAAUCAAGCCAUACUGCUUCCGAAGACGCUCAGGGCACACGUCAACAACAGGCAAACGAUAAUGUUGAUCUUCACCGGAUUGGAGAUACAGCAACGGCAUCAGAUUAUGGAAGCAAUGCUCCUAGUAUUGCUGAAGGAUUGUCCGAACCUCAUAGUCAGGAGGAGGGUUGGCAGGAAGAUCUGGAAGUGGUGGAUAGAAGAAGAGACUGGGAUCAGUUUUCCCAUGCUAUUACUACUACUGGAGAGGGAUCCGAAAGAAAUUGGCUUGAAAAUGCAGACAGCAGUUCAUCAUCGUCUGAUGAGAGGACAAUGGAGGCUGGAGAUCAUCAAGAGGUGUCGUAUCUUCUGGAAACAAGCGACGAGUCAACAAUUAGUGAUAAUAAUCUUCCUGAAGCACAUGAAGAGCAGCUUGACAGUAACCAUCUCCCCGAAGCGCUUCAAGACAAUAAUCAUCUCCAAGAAGCGCGUGGAGAGUGGAACGGGGAGGGUAAUGACCCCACAGAAGUGCGUGAUGAGUGGCACAGUGACGAUCAUUUUCCAGAAAUAAAUGAAGUGUGGCACGACGACGAUGAGUCCAAUGGGAGUGCGCAUAACUGGCAUGACGAUCAUUCAGAGCAACCGGUUGACCAGGAGUCUACGCUCAUCAGACGAGCUAAUACAUUUACCCCUGGUGAUGAUGAUAAUGUGUACAGCACAGAACUAAGGGAGCUUCUAAGCAGGAGGAGCGUUUCUAAUCUCCUCGACAGCGCUUUCCGUGAAAACCUAGACCGACUUAUCCGGUCAUACGUUGAACGGCAAGGUCGUGGUCCUCUCUCUUUGAAUCUGGAAGGAACACCUGCGGCAGCAGCUGCCCCUGAACCGCAGGAGCAAGCUCAAGAAGAGCAGCAUAGAGAAGAUGACGAGGAACAGGAACUUCUUCGUGAUGCUAAUGUUAGGCCUCGUUUAGUGAUUCCACCUCCACCUUUGCCUCCUCGUCAACCACUUUGGCAUUCGGAGUUGCAUCAUAACAACUGGAUGAGACAGAACAUAAACCGUUCGGAUAUUGAAUGGGAAGCUAUUAAUGAUUUAAGGGCUGAUAUGGCAAGACUUCAGCAAGGUAUGGGUCAUAUGCAAAGGAUGUUGGAAGCCUGCAUGGAUAUGCAGCUUGAGUUACAGCGUUCUGUUAGGCAGGAAGUUUCCGCAGCCUUGAAUCGCUUCAUCGGCGAGCGAGGGGAAACCAAAGAAACUAUUGACGAUGGGUCGAAGUGGAUGAAUGUGAGGAAAGGCACUUGCUGUGUAUGCUGUGAUACUCCGAUCGACUCUCUUCUGUACAGAUGUGGGCACAUGUGCACGUGCUCGAAAUGCGCGAACGAGUUGGUUCGAAGCGGAGGGAAGUGUCCGCUGUGCCGCGCACCCAUUAUUGAGGUGAUCCGAGCUUACUUCAUCAUGUAACUAGAUGGUAGAAUAUACGAGGAAAGGAAGACAGAAGAUGAAAGCCUUCUCUUGCAGCAUGACAACAUAUAUAACCCGGACUAUGAUGUGAUGAUGAUGAUUGUUCAAAUUCUUUUUUUGACACAUUGGUUGGCUGGCUGGUUGGUUGGUUGGUGUGUGUGUGUGUAUACAUAAUCCUUGGUCUCACCAAUGUGUCGGUUCCCCCCCUCCUCUGAUCUAGUGUAAGUAUAUGUGUUUCUUGGGUGGUCUUCACUGAUUUAUUCAUGGGUUUCUUUUCUUCUCGCAAACAAAGUUGACCUGAUGAGAUUGCUCAGCCCUCUCAAAACAUUGAUGCGUUGCAUAACAUCCUCCUAAUAAUUGUGCUGAGUUGGAAUCAAAUUCAUACUUUGGAUGGA